AGUCACUUGCAACUCACCUCGCCGCGCAUCCUCAUCCUCGCCGACGCCAUGGCUCGUGCCUUGCGCAGUGGUUCUCAGCUCAUGCCAGUGGCCGUGGCCGCCACAGUGGCUGCAGCUGGCUGGGCGUUCGUGGCCCCACCACGAAGUGUGGCCACCAGGGAAGUGAACAGGAGCCCAGUAGCUCCCAGAGCACCCACCGACACCACCGCUGCCUCCGGCGCCCGUCUCGGUGGCGCUUCCGUCCUCCUCACCGCCGCCGGCCUCGCGGCAGCGGUGGGUCUCGCACGGGCGCGGCCAGCCAUGCGAGCCGGUGAGGAGAAGGAGAUGGAGAAGAAGCCCUUCGACGUCUGGGAGCCCUCGACCUAUGGUAACAUCUCCAUGGAUGACGUGAAGAAGUACGGCACUGCAGGGACUUUGUCGUACGUCAUCACCGAGCUGCUCUUCUGGGCCAUUGCCUUCCCCACGGAGUGCAUCGUUUACCUCAACACCGCAGGACAUUGGCCCGACUUCAGCAAGCCGGAGGAAAGUGCCGCUGUCUUCGGCCUGGUCUUCGCCGCGUCCAACAUCGCCCGGCUCUUGCUGCCACUGCGCUUCGGGGCAGCACUGGCCAUGGCGCCUUGGGUGGACGAGAACAUCAUGCAAAAGUUCUUUAAACAGGAGGCCCAGGAGGCCAAGGAGGGCGCCUAAUGUCCGAGUUGCAAUCUUCGGGCCGAACUGCGGCAAGGUCCGCAGUGCGAGGCUUGGGAGUCUUCCACGAGCCUGACGUUUGACCGUGAUUUGACAUAAGAAGCAGUCACCA